AUGGCCUCGCAGUCUAUGAUAUCAACCGUGAGGGACACGGAGGAGUCCCAGGACAGCCAGCUGAUCCUCGCGACCCUGCGCGCCGAGCUGGGCGUGCCUUUGGUGGUAAGUGGAAGCGCUGACCUCAGCCACAGCGGCCUGCAGGGCUCUCACUCUGGAACCCUGCAAGCGCCUGGCCAGGCAUCUACAAGCCCCAUAGCUGCACAGUUAUAUCUGACAUGUUCGGAUAACAACCGCCAUCGCAGCGGCGGACACGUUCCCAUACCCUCCGAGCCGGCGCGUCCAAAGGAGAAGCACUCACAAACUCCCGAACAUUUACCUCCCACCUAUAGGUCAUUUACCAUUCCCGCGCCACCUCCACCGCCGAAAUCGAAGCCCCAGUGGCCCGCGCAUUUUGUCAAACAGGAAUCGAUAGAAAGCCGUCCGAAGCUCAGCCUAAUGCAGGGUCUAGAUCAUCCUAACAAUGCCCCGGGGACUCAAAUACCAGACACGCUACUCCCUGAUACAUUUCUCCCGCCCGCUACCCAGGCCAUAGGCCACGGCGGUGAUGAUGUGCCAUCGGCGCACUCAUCGCUGCACUCCGCCGCCGGCCCCCGCAAAGACACAUCCCAGCAGACGCCAACGCAAGUCAAUGACGGCCGCGACUAUGAUACGGGAUAUGAGCCGCCGUCGAGCGAGCGUGGAGUCGAUACUGGCGAUACGCAAGCAUCGAACCUCGAAGGCCAGACGCUACAAGACGACGAUACCGGCGCCGUCAACCUUGGCAUCCUGAUUGACUUCCCCCGCCAAUCCUCCCAGGUCUCUGAAGACGGGGGCUUCGAAAACGCCAGAGGCGGCUGGAGACUGCCAGACGACACGCAACAGAAUUCCAUACAGACCGAGACACCAUACAAAAAUGGCAAUCUGCCUCCGCCAGAGACCCCGGCUCUGCCCAAGAACCCGUUUGCGCCCAAGGGUGGCCCGGGGACCUUUGGAGCUGCCCCGGCACCUCUUGGCGGUACACAACUGUUUGGCCAGACGCAGCUACUGACGUCGGCCGUCAAGAACAGUCCGACGUCGUCUCGACCAUCGCCAAAUGUGUACAACUCCAUAUCACCAGGCUUCGCCGAGACGUCUCCUCUGAAAAACCGCACCAACAUCUCCUCUCCCACAGACAUGAGGUCCUCGAGUCCCCCGCGCCUCCAUGAAGUGCCGGCGACUGUUAUCAAGGGACCUCGUAUGAGCAUAAUCACCGAGGAGACGCCAACAACGAGCAGAGUGUCUAGGGAGGAUAGAAUUCCAGAGUCGCCUACGCGUCCCCGAUCGAGAGAACGACAACCGCUUGCCCACUACGAGCCGAUGCAACAAUCACAAGCACGCAAGACUGGUAGCGAUUCUGUUGGUAUUGCCUUGUCUUUUGAUGGUGACACACAUGACACGGUCGAGCAGCUUGAAAGGCGCCGACGCAUCGAGAGAAAACGAGCCAGAGCCGGGGAGGAGCUCGAAAAGAUUACCCUUGCGCGGCCUGUUAGGGUAAGUGAUCGCGCAGAAGCAAACGGAAAGCGCCGUCGCUUGGAGCGGAACAGUCAGUCCGUCGGCCUGGCAGACGAGAAAGCUCUUACAGGAUCCGCCACGACUGCGUUGCGAGGCACACAACCGCAGUCAUUACAGUCGACGAAAGCAACACCUGGUGAAGAAACUGAUACCGCGGAAAUAACUGUCAACGAGAGAGCAGAUGCUGGGGCCCGGAAUCAAGGUGUAAACGACAUCGCUGAAUAUGACAUGAUUCCGGCAACAAGCCCGGUACAAUUAACGCCCGCAGACGACCUCAAUCGAACUGGAAGCCCUGCUUCCGAGCCUGAUCUGCCAAUUCUACGUGAAGAGCAGUCCACGAUUAGCAGUGCUGAACCAUCAUCGUUGCCUCCCUUGAACAGCAGAAGGCGAACGUAUGGGCGGCAAGCAGUAAGACGGCGCAAGAACCUCGUCCUGGACUCGUCGAAUCCACACUCGGCCUCGACGGGGAUAGUUUCCUCAAAAUAUGAUACUGGUGAAACUCGUCCACCCAAUGAUGACCCUAUUCAUUCCGACGAGGGACAGACACCGAUGGCUACUCGAUCCGGAUCCAAAAAGCAAAGCCCCAAAACGCCAAUGCUGCUCAGUGGUGACGAGGCUUCCACCACAUCAUCAAGCCUGAGUGUCUCAUCUCGCACACCGAACCCGCCACCCAAGACAACGCCUGCGACUGACGAGUCCCUUGCGUCAAAAGCUCUCGACGUGGAUACAGGCCACUCGCUUACGCCGAGCAGAAGCUUACGCCGCCGCGUCAUCGGAAAAGAGUCUGCCACACCGCUACCUUUGUUGUCGUCACGGAGCCUGCGUGCCUCAAAGCGUCUGCACGGCGAGCCUCAUUCUUCUGGACAGCCACGCACGCCAUCCGACACUUGCGCUGCUACUACAUUUGUACAGAGAAUCUGCCAGAAUGUAGAAGCUGUGCACCGCGAGGAGCGUCAUCUGUUUGAAGGCAUGGUGUUUGCCAUAUCUGUAGCAGCGGACCGUGGCAAGCUUGAGAGUCGCAUAGUUCAAGCCGGCGGUUCUGUUCUGCAAGACGGCUUCCAGGAGCUGUUCCAGUCCCUGCCGUCGAUGACCUCGACAGACGGCGCAGUAGAUGACAAGACGGAUCUCAUUCUCUCGCAACCAGGUCUCGAGAGUGGCUUCGCUGCCCUCAUCGCGGACGGACAUUCACGGAAGGCCAAAUACAUGCAGGCUCUAGCCCUCGGCCUACCUUGUCUUGCGCAGCAAUGGAUCUUCGCUUGUCUGCACAAGGGCGCGCUUAUUGACUGGCAGCCUUACCUGCUCUGCGCUGGCGCCUCGGCCGUGUUGGGGAAUGCAUCCCGGUCGCGCUAUCUGCUGCCCUACCCCGCGGACACGGCCGUGCUGGCGGACACGAUUGAGCAGCGCCCGCGUCUCCUGCACGGCCAGAGCGUGCUCGUUGUCAUGGACGGAAAAAAGGCCCGGAGCGAGGCCAAGCAGCCGUACAUGUUCCUAUGCCAAGCCCUCGGCCCGGCCAUUACGCGCGUGACCACGGUGGACCAGGGCCGCGCCGCGCUGGCGCAGAGUGUCAAGAGCGGCGGCCGGCCCUUUACGUGGUUGUACAUUGACAAGGCGACAGGCACGGCGGAUGCGGUGUUGGCGACGCCGUCCUCGGCGAGGUCCAAAAGGAAGAAAAAGAGAACGACACCUGUCGCGACGCAGGCGGGUGCUGGUGUCCGAAUAUUGCAUGAUGAGUUGAUUAUUCAGAGUCUUAUUCUUGGCCGCAUUGUCGAGCCGGAGGAGGAGGAUUCAUUUUGA